GCUAGAUGUGCAAAUCUCCGACCCGCAUAUUAAUAACUGCGUUCCGAUGAUCCUUGUAUAUAUAUAUACAUAUUCCAUCAGAUCAGAUCUCAAUAACGUUUAUUCCUUAAUUAACAUCACAGUUUAAUUAUUAAAAACGGGAUAUAUAUAUAUAUAUAUAUAGCAGACAGGCCGGCCACCACUCUCCGGUCACUCCUCAGAUCUAUCUAUACUAUAUAUCGAAAAGCUGCUAAUAAUGGUUUUGUCAAAGGCAACCUCCCGACCAGACGCCUCCGUCCACUCCUCCACCUUCGCCUCCAGAUAUGUCCGCACUUCGCUUCCCCGGUUUGAGAUGGCGGCAGAAUCGAUCCCGAAGGAAGCGGCGUAUCAGAUCAUCAACGACGAGCUGAUGCUGGACGGGAACCCGAGGCUGAACCUGGCGUCCUUCGUGACCACGUGGAUGGAGCCGGAGUGUGACAAGCUCAUCAUGGCCUCCAUCAACAAGAACUACGUCGACAUGGACGAAUACCCUGUCACCACUGAGCUCCAGAACCGAUGCGUCAACAUCAUCGCCCAUCUCUUCAACGCGCCGCUCGGCGACGGAGAGGCCGCCGUCGGUGUCGGCACCGUCGGCUCAUCCGAGGCCAUCAUGCUCGCCGGUUUGGCCUUCAAGCGCAAGUGGCAGAACAAGAUGAGAGCCCAGGGCAAGCCCACCGACAAACCUAACAUUGUUACCGGUGCCAACGUUCAGGUGUGUUGGGAGAAAUUUGCACGGUAUUUCGAAGUAGAGUUGAAAGAGGUGAAGUUGAGAGACGGGUACUAUGUGAUGGACCCGGAGAAAGCGGUAGAAAUGGUGGACGAGAAUACGAUAUGCGUGGCGGCGAUCCUGGGGUCAACGCUGAACGGAGAGUUCGAAGACGUGAAAGUGCUGAACGACCUGUUGGUGGAAAAGAACAAAGAGACGGGGUGGGAGACCCCGAUCCACGUGGAUGCAGCCAGCGGCGGCUUCAUCGCGCCCUUCCUCUAUCCGGAUCUGGAGUGGGACUUCCGGGUGCCGUUGGUCAAGAGCAUUAACGUCAGCGGCCACAAGUAUGGGCUGGUAUACGCUGGGAUUGGUUGGGUCAUCUGGAGGAGCAAGGACGACUUGCCGGACGAACUCAUCUUCCACAUCAAUUAUCUCGGUGCUGAUCAGCCUACUUUCACUCUCAACUUCUCCAAGGGUUCUAGCCAAGUAAUCGCCCAGUACUACCAACUAAUUCGAUUGGGUUUUGAGGGUUACAAGAGUAUAAUGGAGAAUUGCCAAGAGAAUGCAACGGUGUUGCGACAAGGACUGGAGAAAACGGGGAAGUUCAACAUUGUAUCAAAGGACAAGGGAGUGCCGCUGGUGGCCUUCUCUUUGAAAGACAACAGCCGCCACACGGAGUUUGAGAUCUCUGACAUGCUGCGCCGCUACGGCUGGAUCGUUCCCGCCUACACCAUGCCUCCCCAUGCCGAGCACGUCACCGUCCUUCGCGUCGUCGUCCGUGAAGACUUCUCCCACACUUUGGCCGAACGCCUCGUCAAUGACAUCCAGAAAGUCAUCCACGAACUCGACACCCUUCCCGCUCGGGUCGGUGCCAAACUCGCCGCCGCCGAUCACGACGACUCUCCACCCCUUGACGUUCAAAAGAAAACUGAGCGUGAAGUUACUCUUGAGAUCACCGCCGCUUGGAAAAAGCUCGUCGCUGACCGCAAGACCAUUAAGACUAACGGAGUUUGUUAAUACUCCGGCCAGCACAGUACUCACACAUGAUCGAGCUAGAUGUCAUUCUCUUUUUUCAAAUAUAUAUGCACUCUAUACAUGUACGUGCUAUACUUACGUUACAUUAAUUAAUUUAAUAAUACACAUACACAUACACACACGUACUAAUAGUACACCAUCCAUUAUGUAGUCGCUCGACACUCGAUAUGUACUAUUGUAUUAUUUAUUUAAUGUUUGGGUAAAUUAAAUUUAAAUAAAUCUAGUGCAAAA